AUGUCCGACUCAACCGUUUUGAUCGCACCACCACCGUCUCGUAUCGCGAUGCCACCACCAACUUCGAAAUAUUCGCCCCGGUUUGACGGCAAGCGUCUCCGGAGCUUCCUCAAUGUAUUCGAGAACCUCGCGAACGCCGCAAUGCUCUCGGACGGCGAGAAAUGCCGUAUGGUGCUGGAAUAUUGCACCGAGGACGUAAGUGCUAUGCUAUCGUGCAUGACCCAGUUUGCAGGUAGUGAUUGGGCGAAAGCCAAGGAACGAAUGGUCUUCUGCUUCGGCGAAGGCACGGUAAAGGAUCAAGGUUCAGCUGACAAGCUACGAGCGUUCAGCAAGAAGUAUAGGAAGAAGCAUAUGAUCCGGAACUUGGACGGAUACUACAAGUACCUUCAUGGGUUCCUCAAGUGCGCGGGCAAUCAAAUUGAGCUCGGCGGGAUCACCGAAGCUGAGCAUGAUUAUCUAUUCUUCCGGGGACUGAACUCGCGCGUCAGACUGGCAAUCGUGCCGAAGCUCGAGAAGGUGAUGGGAAAGACGCCCACACACAAGGAGCCAGCGCCCUUCGAGCAGUGCGCGAACGAGGUUCGCAAGUAUUUUACUGAUAACGAUUAUCACAAGGACGCACUGGACUCGUCUAGUGACGAGUCCGAAGACGGCGACUCGUCAGACGACGAGACUGACUCAGAUGCUGACUCCUCCGACAGUGACAGCGACGACGACAGGAAGAAGAAGCGGAAGAAGAAGGUCAGCAAGAAGGCAGAUAAGAAGAAGGGUAAGAAGAAGGGUAAGCGUACGAAAGACAAGGACGACGUCGAUGAGUUAGCAGAACGGCUCGAUAAGCUGCUAGCGGCGCGGCGUGCGAAGGCGACAGUAAACUCAACAUCGCAGGCUACGGCCAACGCGGCUCAGCUCGGGCAGUCCCCACGUUGUUGCUACAUGUGCGACAAAGAGGAAGGUAAGGAUCUGGAUCAUCGCAUCGGCAUCAUCAGGAAAAACACUUCUAACUUCAGCAACGGUACGAUCAUGUAUAGCCCCCAAGGCAGGCUAACGUUUGCAGAUGGCUCAGACUUGCCGAACGGACGAGGUAUUCCGGGAGGCAUUUCGACGCUGAUUCAGCAACGGAUCGAUCAGCUCAAAGGGAAAGCACGCGAUACGCCACCACACUUGUCGUGCAGUUCGAUCGAGGUGUUACAUGACGAUGAGCCAGUACUAAGCGGUGAUGUUUACGCUUUAUCAUCCGAAGACGUUUACUCGUUUCCUGUCACUAGAUCGCAAGGGAAAGCUCAGGACCAGCCUGUAGCCGCACCGAGUCAGCCUAGAAAGGUACGUUUCGAUUACAAGCAUUCUAGCGCUGAUGAGCCAGAGGGCGGGUCGACUCGUAAGUCAUCCCCUCCCACGCAAGUUCGACAGCCUGCAGAGCCGACGCGAUUCACGAAGGACAAAUCGAAGGCGGCUGAAGACGCGAAGGCCGACCCGCCGAAGGUCAACACGGAACAAGGAUGGAGGGACCGUGAAGCGCAGAAGAAGCAGCAGCGGAAGACAUACCCAAACGAGCAUGUAGGUCAGACACGAUCAGACAAGACUCAUGUGCGUUUUACGUCAGACAUACAAGACAUGGUAUCAGCCGAUCAAGUCAUGGAGAAGGCUCUCAACACGAUGCUCACGAUCCCGCUCAAGACGCUCAUAGCAAUGUCGCCUGAGAUGCAGAAGCGUUUCGCGACUAUGACAAAAACUCGACGCGAAGUCAAUGCGACAAUCGUAGAAGAGGUAAGCGAGGAAGAGGACACUGACGACGGCACGAGAACAGCUAACGACAAUGUUGGUUCCGUCGGAGCGGCGUCGGUUACAAUCCGCGACGAGGAGCAUCUCGCACAAGUUAUCGACAGCUACGCAGCAGCACUGGCGAUUGGGCGACGGCGAUUCGUCGCUAUGGCAUGCGGACUCGUACAGGGCAAGUUCGGGACUGAGCCGGUAACAUACCUCAUUGACUCGGGCUCGGAACUAAACCUGAUCGCGCAACGGGUGUACGAGCAAGCGGGGGUCGAGCUAGACGGUGAUGGGUCGAGAUGGACGCUCAGAGGCAUACACGGAGCUCCGGUGUCGCUGGUUGGAUGUUGCAGAGACGCGCCAGUAGAGGUGAACGGUGUCAGGUUCGACCACCACUUCUUCGUGCAUCCGCAGGAACUCGGUAGGCAUGACGCGAUACUCGGACAGCCGUGGUUGCAGUGGUUCUCGUCGCGGCUCGAGUAUGCGCGUGGUGGGGGGCAGGAUCUCGUAGUCUUCCCUGACGGGGAUAUUGACAAUGUGCCGAUGAGAAUUCGGAUUGCAGGGCUAUCAGACCGCCGAAACGUGGACAAAUUGGUCCAGUCGGCGGAGGCUGCAGAGGAUUUUUAG